AUGUCCCUCCGUCUCCCGAGCCAAAACAAGUUCAAACCAGUGGCAAGGCCGGGUAUAAGGAAACCUGGUGCCCCCGGCGCGAGACCUGGCGUGAUAGCCCAAAAAUCUGCUCCCAAUGUCGGCGCGUCUACGUCAAUAACAACACCCCGAGCUGGGCCACAGAAACCAGUGCCGGUCUCACCAUCGAAUUCAGCAACCCAGAAGCCGCCAACCCCAAAAUCUGCUAUCCCUCUUACGCCCUCAGCUGAAACGCAAGAGUCUCCGGCCGUGCCACCAGGAGUAGCAGAUGCUCCUGCGCCGCCUGUGACUGCAUCUGCGCUACCAGCUGCAUCCACGGGGAGGUCAGAAGUCCCCAAACUAUCACUGCUAGAGGCUGCAGCCAGUACGCCGUCGGGCUCUCGUCCUUCCCCCUCAUCAGCUACGCGCAGAACGCCAAAUACCCCGCGGUUUCCCAGAGCACCGUCCGUUGCCCCUCGAGCUCGUGCGCCAUCGGUGGUUCGUUCGCGAGUUUCAGCUACCCCUCAACCUCCUUCCGAUACACGCGAACCUUCCCUACCCCCAACGCCAAGGACGUCUGGUUUCCCACCUACCUUGAGCGCAGCCAUGCAAUCUUCCGCGCCUGGUGGUUUCCCGCCAACUCUAGCGAGUGCUACUGAAGAACCCGUGACGCAACAGCAAAUAGAUCACGCGCAGCUUGCGGCCGCCGCUGUUGCCUCCAUCCAGUCUGAUAUGCCCCCGCCCAGCACCGAGAUUCGUCGCAGACCACCCCGUCGAAGAAAGGCGCCCACCGGGCAAGCUGCCAGAGGCAAAAAGGCAAACCAGUCCCUCAUUGUCGAUGAUGAGGGGCCAGAUGAUGAUGCCGCUAGUCUGGCUGGGUCUAAAAGAGGCGCCUCGGUGAUGGAUGAAGACGACGAUGGGGCUUCCGUGGCGGAUUCACAAAUUUCAUCCCGCGCUGGCUCUGUUGCUCCUCGAUCCAAACGUGCCAAAAAGGCGAGGGGCCCCCGCGUAGCCACCAUCUCUCUGCAGGCCAUCCAGCCGGACGAAAUGGUUGGCAGCGAAGUCACAAAUCUGACUACUAUGGGCGACUUGGCGACUAUCCUCGCUGGCGAGGGUCGUGUCACCGAGCGCGCCAUCAAGAUUGACGAAUUCCGUCGUGGGCAAGAAGCUCAGAAAAGGGAGGACCAUCAUAAACGCAUAGAAGAAAUGUACCAACGAAAUCAAAUCAAACGACGCAAAGUCCGAUCUGCCAACAAUAAGGAUCGCACGAGAAGAAGAGAAGAGAUUAGGGAUCAAGGUGGGAAUGAGUUGGAUGUUUCUCCGGACGAGAUGGACUCGGAAGAGGAGUUUGAUGUUGUGCCCGAAAGGUUGACGCCUCCUGCAUCAUCGCCCGAGCCCGAUAGACCCGAAGAGGGGGGACAAGAAGAAGGCGAGGAGGGGUCAGACGCUGAGGAAGUUGCUUUCGACAACCACGCCAUUCCGAAAGAGCGCGAACCCGAUAUGUUUGACGGCGAUGAAGGUCUGGUUGGCACACCAGAACCAGAGGCCGAGCCAGUCACAGAAGAUGCGGACGAUGACGAUGCUUUGGCCGCUCUUCGUGCCGCUGGGUUUACAGUAAACGACGAGGAACCCGGAUCGCCUCGCUCCGAUGCAGACGAAUGGGACCACGAUGCGGUUGAUCUGGACGAGUAUCGUAUGCGUACCCAGGAGCAGAGGCGGAGGGAUAUUGAGAGGAGAGAGGACGAGGAUGAAGUCGUCGAAGUGGACGAUGAGACUCGGUUCGUCAAUUCUGCGACCUUUGGCAAAAACAAGCGAACGCAGAGGUGGACCAAAAUGGAAACUGAGCUAUUCUAUCAAGUUCUUGGUGAAACUGGCGAGAAUUACACCCUCAUGAAGGCGUAUUUUCCUGGCCGCGAUGUCCGCUCCCUCAAACUGAAGGGUUCGCGAGAGAACAAGGUCAAUUUCGACAAGAUGACUCAGGCUAUCAUGAGUCGUAAACCCAUCGACAAAGAAUAUCUCGCCAAAGCCGUCGGUUACGACCCUCACCGCGCUUUUGACAAGGAGAUGGCCUUUUUCGAAGAAAUCGAGGCCGACAAAGCGAGGCUCAAGAAGCUCGAUAGUGAACAGCCUAUAGAGGGCGAUAUCGUUGGAGAAGGUGAAGAGCAGGAGGACGAUGAUCAAGCUGGAUUGGACGGGAUAUCAGAGGGUGAUGAAGGAGAGAAGCUGGACGAGAACGAAGAUGAGCAAGUGGAGGAAGGGAACGAGGAGGAUUAUCAGCAGUAUAACUUUGUGUAA